GCAAAUAACUCUGCUUUCGAAUGGUCAGUAGAGAAACAGCGUUUGGAGAGAGAAGACGCUUUGAAACAGACAACACGACAAUAGUAAACAAACAACUGAAAAUAACAACAGAAACAAAAAAUUCUCACAAGAAUAAAUGUGCCAAUUAAAAAAUCCAAUUUAAAAUUCGUGCGAAAUUAAUAAAAAAUGAAAUCAUAUAAAAUUAUUUUUGCAUUUGCAAUAAUUACGCUGUACUGCACAACCCUUACGAUUGCCCGCCCCCAGCCGGCUAACGAUCCCAAUGCCGAGUAUGAAUUGAUAAGAGGUGGUCCACAGGUUGGACCCAAGCCGACAUUUAUACCCGUCACGCGUAAGCCGUUGAUAAUAAAUACACCGCCACCGACGCCAGCCAACUCGAAGAGUUUCGCCUUUGAUCCCAUAACGAAAACUUGGACUUCGGUUAAAAAAGACGAUCCCAUCCCGUCGGAGGGCACACUUUUGUGGAAUCAGAGCAAUGACAAAUGGUUGACCGAAACCGCUAGACGUGUGUAAAAGUGUAAAAAUGCAAAAAUUCAAAAAUGCAAAAAUGAUGCCAUAAACAACAUGGUUAAUUGAAAGUAAUUGUAAACACAUAAACAUUUAUAUAUUUACAUACAUGUGGACAUAUAUAUAUAUGUAUUUAUAAGGUCAUAUGCAAAUUUUUUGUUAUUUAAUAUUUUAAUUGAUCAGUUCGUUCUACUUGGAUAUUUAUAACAAAUAUGCACGCACAUUAGGGUGGUCCAAAGUUUUAGAUGUAAAAGUUAAAACUUUUGGAAUUUAUCUGUUUUUUCUUCUAAUGUUCUAAAUAGUUGAAAUAAAUUUUUAAU